UGGCAACCAUAAGUAGCUUUUCCCUCAGUAGUUUGCAGAAAGAGACGUGCAGAUCGCAACGCAACGAAAUGGACGGCCGACAGUACAUGAAGAUGUUAGCUGCAAUCUUUAGCGGUUUUUUAGCUCUUUGUCACCUCAUGCAUUUCGUGACGGGAGUGCAAGAUGGGCCAAAUGGAAAAAAGGACCAAGAAUGCUAUAACUACGCGGGAGGACAUGUGUACCCCGGGGAGGCUUUCCGCGUUCCGGUAUCCGAUCACUCUCUGCACCUCAGCAAGGCAAAGAUCUCAAAGCCUGCACCCCACUGGGAGGGCACUGCUGUCAUCAAUGGGGAGUUCAAAGAGCUGAAACUGUCUGACUACACAGGAAAAUACCUUGUAUUCUUCUUCUACCCGCUGGAUUUCACUUUUGUUUGCCCCACAGAGAUCAUUGCAUUUAGUGACCGCGUGCACGAGUUCCAUGCCAUCAACGCUGAUGUUGUGGCAUGCUCGGUGGACUCCCAGUUCACCCACUUGGCCUGGAUCAACACACCAAGGAAACAGGGCGGGCUUGGUACCAUGAAGAUCCCACUGCUGUCUGACCUUACACAUCAAAUUGCAAAGGACUAUGGGGUGUUCCUGGAGGACCAAGGCCACACUCUCAGGGGUCUCUUCAUCAUCGAUGACAAGGGAGUCCUUCGACAGAUCACGAUGAACGACCUCCCUGUGGGCCGGUCAGUGGAUGAGACGCUGCGGCUGGUGCAGGCCUUCCAGUAUACCGACAAACAUGGGGAAGUUUGUCCAGCAGGCUGGAAACCAGGGAGUGAUACGAUAAUCCCUGACCCUUCUGGCAAACUGAAAUAUUUCGACAAACGGACUUAAACCCUGAAUAUCAUCAGGCUCGUUUAAUCUUGUUCAAACUGUCUGCUCUCGUGUCUCAUUUAGCAUCAGCUGAAAAUAAAAACAUAAUUUUGUUAA